GUAUAAAGGAUGUCCAGGUUGGUGUUUUGUCCGACGCUCUCAAUUGACUGCUUGAAAGAACCGGCAUUCUCAUUGCUUUGGGCAGCUGCGAACACCUGGCUUGAGAAGUUGUGUUACUGCUUGCAAGUCCACCGCUUAUUUACAGCUUCCCCAGGCAGUUUGCAAAUCGGUUGCAAGUUGCAAUUACCCAACACAUCAUCUUCAUCUUCAUAGCCCCCUGCCUGCAUCACCACACUUUACAUCAUCCUCCGUCGCGCUUGACAUUGAGCUUCAUUACCAUGUCGUGCGAUUAUCCACUCCUCGUCAAGACGUUCCGGGCUGGCAAGAAGCCACAAUUUCUCGCUGACGCGAAAUCCGUCGACUUUGCGAGACAGCUGGAUGCUCAAGACAAACUGAAGUCAUUUCGGGAUGACUUCAACAUUCCCACCAAGGCCUCCCUGAAGAAGAAGGCACUCGACGGUAGUAUACUCGGGGAGAAGAAGCAGCCUCCAAUGGUUAAUGGCGAUGGCGACGGCGAAAAAGCAGUGAACGGUGUUUCUCAAAGCAGUGCCGACACGGACGAUGACACCCCGUCCAUCUACUUUGUAGGCAACUCGUUGGGCGCCCAGCCAAAGUGCAUCCGGACACACCUCGAUGCGCAGCUCGAGACGUGGGGAUCCAUCGGUGUAAACGGCCAUUUCACUUCUCUGGAGAACUCGCCCCUGACAGCAUGGCAAGACAUGGCCGCCGACUGCGCGCAACAGUCGCUUGACCUCGUCGGCGCCGCGUCGGCCAGCGAGGUCAUCUACAUGAACACGCUGACGGUGAGCCUGCACCUGAUGAUGGCAAGCUUCUACCGCCCGACCGAGAAGCGGCACAAGAUCAUUGCCGAGUGGAAACCGUUUCCCAGCGAUUCCUACGCGAUAGCUUCCCAACUCCAAUGGCACGGUCUCUCCCCGGAAACCUCGCUCAUCGAGAUCCACCCAGACCAACCCGGAACGAUGUGCAUCUCGACCGAGCACAUCCUCUCCGUCAUCGACGAACACGCCGACGAGACCGCCCUCCUCCUGCUUCCGGGAAUCCAGUACUACACCGGCCAGCUAUUCGACAUACCCCGCAUCACCGCCCACGCCCGCGCCCGCGGCAUAACAGUGGGCUGGGACCUCGCCCACGCCGCCGGCAACGUUGAGCUCUCCCUGCACGACUGGGACGUCGACUUUGCCGUCUGGUGCACAUACAAGUACCUCAACGCCGGGCCCGGGGCGAUAGCGGGGGUGUUUGUGCACGAGAGGCAUCACCAUGCCGAUGCCAAUGCCAACCAGGAUUCUGGCGUGGUGAACGGGCUGGGAUACAGACAUCGCCUGGCGGGUUGGUACGGCGCCGACAAGAGCGUGCGGUUCAACAUGGAGAAGGAGUUCCGCCCCGCCGAGGGGGCCCACGGCUGGCAGGUGUCGAAUCCGAGCGCCGUUGAUCUGGCUUGUGUGCGCGCUGCCCUGGGCGUGUUUGGGCGGACCAGUAUGAGGGAGCUGAGGGAUAAGGCCGUUGUGCUGACCGGGUAUUUGGAGUGGUUGCUGAAUGGGUUGCUCGAAGACAAGGUUGGCAUGGGGGGAGAGGGCCAGCCGGCGUUUCGCAUCCUUACCCCGGCGAAUCCGUUGGAGAGGGGGUCGCAGCUAAGUUUGUUGCUCAGGAGUGGGCUAUUGGGCAGGGUGAGUGAGAAACUGGCGGAGGUAGGCGUGGUAAUUGACGUGAGAAAGCCGGAUGUGAUCCGUGUAGCGCCGGUGCCCAUGUAUUGCAGAUUUGCGGAUGUGUGGGGGUUUGUGGAGGUGUUUAAGAGGGCGCUAGAAGAAGCGUGAUAGACACCAGAACAGAGGAGCAAUAUUCUUCAAGGCCUGCAGCUCUGCAAAUGACUUCUAC